AUGAUCUACAAUGUGAGUUAGUGAAUUUCUCAGGCAUCUGGCUGAUCUAUUAAAACUUUCUUGUCGGGACCCAACAAUUCUGAAAUUGGUUAGGGUCUCGACGCGAAGACAACUUAAUCUUUGGCCAAAGCGUACUGAUGAUACAAAGACCCACAAAACUAUCCUACGCAUCUUAAAUUAAAUUUCUAGGCGCUCCUAAUCAUCAUCAACAUGAUUGCCGUCAACGCUCUCAUUGCUCUUUAUUUUGUGGCCAAGCUCGGCGAAUACGACCAAGAUGAUUCUGUUCUUUGGGCAAUGAUCGCUAUAACAAUCCUCCUUGUCCUGAUAAUUAUAUUCAGCAUUAUCUUCGAACAUGUCAUUGUCACUUGCUACAGAGCACUCAGCCAUUCAGAAGACGUCGAGUUUAAUCCAGAGAAUAAUAUAAACCCAAGUUUCUUUGCUCGAAUUCGUCCGAUUCGUGUCUAUUAA